AUCUAGCCGAGUAAGGAAGCCGAUGCCAUCUAAAUUUUCUGCUUCUGCUUGUCGCAGCGAACAAAAGAAAUCAAGGUAUAAUCAUCUUGACGAUGAAAAUAUGUAUUUAUAGUGCAAUAAACGUCGUACAACUCGUCUAGUAAGCCAUGUUCCUCCCGGACCUCCCCAAGCCCUUCACCCUCGUCUCCUGCUGUACCGCGGCCGUUUUCAUCGCCCUUCGUCUCUACUUCCUCACCCCGGCCCGGACGGCAACGAGCAGCACAGAGGACUAUUUUGCCACCGGGUUUUCCAUAUGCAUUGCAACAGUACCGUUGUACUCGGACCUUCUAAAAAUCGCUGGCGUGCAUUACAUAUUUCCAUCUCAAGUCAAAUCCGCAUUAGAAAUUUCACUUCUUGUCAUGCUGAGAAGGCUUGUCAUGCGAUUUAUACUAGUAGCACGAGGAUAGAUACUCUUGCAGUGCAUAUUCCACCCCCUUGCAACUAUCCGAGUUUGAUGACCCGGAACUGCAGCGCAUCCGCGAUGUCAAGGCACAUAGCGCGACUUGGGCUUCGAAAUACCACCCGAAAUGCUUGUUGCGCGACUUCAUCUGGAAACCCAACCCGUUUGCGUAUUUGUACCACUACAAAAAGACGAAGGAGGAAUAUGUAUCAAAUGCAAAUAUGAUGUCUGGGACUUCUUGUCAUGCUAGUCUGACACGAAGACUCCAAACUCUGUAUUGCGUGCCCGCAAAGGAGCGGUCCUCUUGUCUGUCAUCCGAAAAUGCGGUUUCUCUUUCUCAUGCGGAGUACACAACUGAGAAGCACCGAAAAUAAAACUUGUCAUGCUGGGGAGCGCAUCUUCACACUGUGCUCGCUAUUCUCUUCCUUGCAUCACAGGUUUCCAGACCCAGACAUAUUUGCAAUGCAUAACACGACAAGCACUACAAAUCCACUUGGAAGGGAAACACGCGGGGAAAGGACUUGCUGGGGGAGGAUUUUUUGAAACGCAACGAAAUUCGGAACCAGUGUCUAUGGAUUGCAAAAAUGUCUGGGUCUGGAAACUUGUAAUGCUAACAGUGAAUGGGAGACGCACUGCAAUAUGCAGCUAUGCAUGACAAUUUUUUUGGCUCCCAUGUCUUACGUAUUCCACAUGGCAAACUGCGUUUUUGCAUGACAGGUAAGAGGGCCUCUUCGUGCCUAUGCAACGCAGAUUCUCGAGUCAUGCCAGACAAGCAUGACAAACUUGCAUUCUUCCAGACCCAGACAUCUUUGCAUUUGAUAGUGUCCAGAGAAUGUCAACACGUUCCCGGGAAAGGUGUUGCGGAAGUAUUUGCGAAUGGCGUUGGAAGUAGUGCCGAAUGACAAUGAGCAGGGACAAGCCACUACAAGCAAGAAAAUCAGCACUGAAAACCAGCACACAACUUCUGUGAGGGAAAUGAGAAAGAAAGUACUGGACGAGCUGCAAAAGGAGCAGCUAGUACAACAAGGAUUCAAGCAGGAACAACCCCCGACGAGGACCACUGUCGUGCAGCAGAACAUGAGAAUAAAAAGUCUAACAAGAACUGCUUCUUCUUCGAAUAAGCCAAAAAAUUUCCCCACGACGGCCGCACACCAGAUGAACACGAACAAAAGCGGCGACGUCUGCCUCCCGCCGUCCAUAGUAUGGGAAGAAAAUGUGUUGCAAGACCGGCAAGAGAGGCAACCUUUCUCAUGCAGGAAAUGCUUGGGAGCCUCGUUUCCUUCCUGUUUUCCCUUAUGAUCUUCACAUCACAAGUUUUCUCUGCCACACAGAGAAAAUUUGUGAUGCAGAAACUGCAACAAAUGUGUAACUGUAACACUUUUUUCUCGUGAUACAUUGUCCGAAAACCCUACUGCCGGAAAUACUUCCUCUCUGCGGGCACCAUGGUGCGGAAAUACCCGGUCAACCGGCUCAUCGAGUGGAUCGAGUACCACAUUGCGGUCGGUUUUUCCCACGUUUUUCUCUGCUACAACAUUCGCGGGAAUGAUAGGGAGGAAGAAUACUGGGAAUACAAAAAAGUUCGGAAAAUGAAAGGAUGAGUUAGAGUUUAUUUAUUGUGAUGCUUUAUCCCCUCCAGGAGGGGAUAGGGAAUAAAUUUAAUUGGAGAAGGAAGCAAAGCAAAUAUCGCGAUGUCAGUACAAGGAAGUCUUCUGCUAUGGUACUGGCUGCACCAUAGUGUUCUUCUUGUCAUGCUCAUGCAAAAGAGCCAUAACUUCUCACUGCGACUUCCGCAUCACAGCGGAAGUAGAUGCGCUAUUUUCCUCCCACCCGAGUUGUCACAUCACAAGUUAGAAGUUUUUCCCUUGCAUCACUUCAAAUCGACUACUACGAGAACGUGCUGCAGGUGGCCACCAUGACCAAGUGCGGGAAUAACAUGACCACGGGCCAGGGGAACACCAAGCUGGUCCAAGAGUUCGGGCACCAGACCUUUUGGCUCGGCAGGUUCGACACGGAUGAAUUCAUCGCGCCCUCGGACAUCAACGACUUUUACAGUAAGCACGCGGAUGUAAAUUCCGCGAUGUCGUUAGUGCCGCUGCUCCUCCCGCUAACCGGUAAGCAGCUUCCGCCGCAGCUUUCCAUCCCAAGCUACGAAUUCGGGGACUCGGGUCGAUUGCAUGCCCCGCCAGACCUAUCGCAAGAAAAACUGUUUCAGUGUGAACUUGUGAUGCAGAAAAUAGGACACAGAACUAUUUGUCUUGCUACACCUGCAAGACACUGGAUUUGCAAGCGUGUUUUCCCUUGGGAAGCGCGCAUGACAAAUUUUGGGUGUCAUGUGUAACAAACUUGUGAUGCAGAUCUUGCAAAGUCAUCACAGUGAAACAGUUUUUCCGUGGGAUAAGACCACAUCCCCCUCAUCCAGGCGUUCUGGCGCCGGAUUCCGAUCGGGGUGACGAUUAAGUCCUUCAUGCAGACGGACGCAUUUUAUGAAAGUGCAAAACUCCCCCUCCUUCUCGUUUGUUUGGCACAAACAGCAAUACAAGCUGCGUCGGCCGCGAGGGUGCAGGUUUUGCAUGACAAAGUCAAUACUCAGGACUGUACUGCUGUUGGAGCUGCCAGAAAUUGUCAUGCAAAAAAGGCCACGAGCACGAGGCAAAAGGUGGAUUGACUAUGUUGCAUGACAAAGGAAGGGGGGGUCGGGGUUGUGCACUCUCAUACGUUUUUGUCAAAAGUGGACGAGGAGAUUAGAAGGAAAAGUGACUACGUGGAUAGAAAUGUCGAAGAGAAGAGGAAACGAAUCACCGGAAGCCGGACAUUAUCCUUUGCAAAAGCAUCUUCGCACUAGUCGUGGUAAUUAUCUUCGCAUGACAAAUUUCAGUUGCAUGAUGAGACGUGGGAUUUGUAAUGUGGAUUAGGAUUUACUCGCAUGACUGCAAUUCGCACGAGCACGAUAGUACUUUUGCACUGCAUAGGCAUCGAGCAGCUCCAUGUCGAAGGCAAUUUUUCGGUUGAAAACGUCAUUAGGUGCAGCUGGUAGAAGUGACAGUAGCAGCAGCAGCAGCAGCCCUUCUUCAACUACUACAGCCGCAGAAACAACUACAUCUUCUGCAGUUCAAGAAGAAGACAUCUUCAGCGAUAACGCCAAGGCGAUGGAGUUGGUCCGGGAACAAAAAAAGGAGGAGAUUUUGGACAAGUUCACCGACAUUCUACCCUACGACCCAAAAUACACCGACCACUCGCACACCUACACCGAGAACAAGUCUCUCCGUUGUGACGAUUCCCACUGGAUCAUGCUGCCCUCCUUCCACUGGAAGUCGUUUUUGAUUCCAAAAUAUGAACUGCAAAAAUGUCUAGGUCUGGAAGAUUGCGAGAUUUGUCAUGCUUGUCUGGCAUGACCAAAAAGUUUGUGAUGCGUGUCCUAGAAGAGACCCUUUUGCCUGUCAUGCAUAAACGCAGUUUGUCAUGCGAAAAAUGCAACACAAUCAAAGAAGCGCAGACAUUUCUCAUGCUUGCCUGUGCAUUGCAGAGCAUUCACUAUUACCAACGCAGCAUUACAAGUUUCCAGACCCAGACAUUUUUACAUUUGAUACAAAAUGGUGUCUCCUCUGCUGGCCCACUCCGUCGAAAAACUGGUUCUUUUGGCAGGAUGGUUUGUGGUGUCCGGAGAUCAACUCGGACAAGAUCGACGUGAAUGUCGGAGCAGUGCUGAAGUCGGAUUUUCUACCCCCGAGAAUACCGCUGGCGCAAAUUGUGUGGGAUGCGGCGGUGGAGCGAACGACUAUAGUCGGGGAGAGGAGGAAUAGUGCAGGAGGGAGCAACUAGCUACGUCGCGGAGCAGAAACACGCUAGGUGGCAAGUUACUUUGGCGUGGAGUGAUAUCCAUCCUGAAGGAGGAGUGCAACGAGGGUGGGUGUGGUGGCAGAAAUUUCAUAAGGGUUGCUCGCUGUCACUUAUUUCUUCAUGUGUGAAGAUGUCGCUGAGGUUGCCGCUGAACAACAUGGACGCGCAUAAUCAACAAUUUUACGCAGAAUUAUGAGCACAAAGUAGUAAAGUUCUACUAGAUCACCAUGUUUUGGAAAUAGACGCAGUAUGUUAAGAGAAGACAGAGCUGCACUCUACCAU